ACUUCCCUCAGCCUCAGCAACACCGCUCCUCCACCUCCGCCCUCUCUCCCGCAAAACAAACAAAGUCCCUAACGCCAUCAGUUUUCGCCCUUGACUACUGAUAAAGCAUCUCGGUGCCCCAAGCUCUCUCCAACAUCCUCUACACUUUACAUAGAACAUCAUGGCUCAAUCCGGUGUCUCCGUCUCGCCCGAGUGCAUCAGCACCUUCAACGAGCUCAAGCUCGGCAAGGACAUCAAGUGGAUAAUCUACAAGAUCAGCGACGACUGGAAAGAGAUUGUUGUCGAGGAGACAUCCAAGGAGGCAAACUUCGACGUGUUCCGCGAGAAGCUGCUCAACGCCAAGAGCAAGGACCGCCGCGGCAAGGAGGGCAUCGGUGGCCGCUAUGCCGUCUUCGAUGUCGAGUACGAGCUUGACAGUGGUGAGGGCUCGAGGAGCAAGAUUACUUUUAUCAGCUGGACACCGGACGAUGCCGCACAAUACCCUCGCAUGAUGUACUCGUCCUCCAAGGAAGCCAUCAAGCGCGCCCUCAACGGUCUCGCCGCCGAUAUCCAAGCCAACGACGCCGACGACAUCGAGUUUGAGAACAUCAAGAGCCGUGUCUCCAAGGGCCGUUAAGCGCCGCUCUUCAUCCAUCUGUCGGCAUGGCGCACCUGAAUAUAGGAGGAGCAUUCGAAUUGGUAAUGAUAUGGUGAAACGAGUCGUGGGGUUAGUUGGUAGUGUGCCAUGGCGAAGAGUAUGCAACGAAUUGAGCAUGGUUAAAUAUACAAUAUAUGGGCUGGCGAUGCCGGCUUGCUUUGCAUUAUCAGGCUUGGUAUGCUUGCCAUAAGCUAAGAAGUGGUCAAAUUGUCUUUGAUGGACAUA